AUGGCUAAACUUUUGGGAGAAAUUGGCACAUCAACUCAAGAAUCAAGAACUGAAGCAAUCAAUGGAAGUGAUCCAUCGCAAGCACUUUUCUUCAUAAGCGUUACUUUAAAUCCUUGCCAACAAAGUCAUCAUAUCCCUGACCGACGUGGGAAAUGUCUCAAUGAUACCGAAUCUGAAGAGAAUGUGACUACAGGAAACCCUUCAGAUAAUACUGAUGAUCCAUUGCACAUCCUGAUCGCUCUUGAUGUUCCUAUUCCUUGUCCUAAUGGUCAUAGAUCACUUCGAGGAAACUGCAAGAAACGAAAAUAUUAA